GUCUAUAAAUUGUUGUUGUUUUUUUUCUAAAUUUCAGAUCAGAAUAUGAAAACUGCGAGUCAUCGUUUAGUAAAAUUAUUAAAGGAACCUGCUUCAUUCACUAAUACUGUUGCGAGGGAAAAGCCGGUAGAAUAUUUCGUAGUUAAUGAGGAACUGGAUAGUGUUGAUGGACAAAUAUCGAUAGAGGAAAAUGAUGAAUUGAACCAAAUCAGUGCAGAAAUUAGUGAAAAUGCUAAUAAGGAAGAUACCAAUGCUGGAGUCUCAAAGCCUUUACUUGUUGAAACAAUCGACGGUGAUACAAAGUCUGUAAAUAAACCAAAGGAGGAGUAUAUUCUUAACCAUUUGAAGGAUUUAAUAGAUGAGGUUAAGCAGUUUGUUAACUUUCUCAGGAUUUUAUAGAUGAGGUUAAGCAGUUUGUUAACUUUCUCAGGAUUUAAUAGAUGAGGUUAAGCAG